ACUGCCAUAUUAAUAUCGUCUUCCUCAGAGCUCCAUAGAAAAAAUAAAAAAAUGGCCUCCAUUUUAACACACGCCAGAUUGCCACCACCUAAGUCCUUUAAUACGCGCCCAUUAACUCGCAUUACCUCUCUCAAUCUUCUUCACAGACGCAUUUCACUGCCAUUGCCACUCUGCAAAGAAAUUUUUUUACUUCAUCUAUGCUUUGCACCGUCACUUCGCAGGUUCAGAACCUUUGCACGCGAAGAUACUGGAAAUUAUGAACCUGAUUCAUUAAAUGAGAUAUUUAGGAAUGAGAAAGACAAUAAUACAAAUCCUGCUUCAUCAGGAAAUUCUUUUUUGAUUCUAUUAGGAAUUGGUGUGUGUAUAGCUGUAAUUAUCACAAUCACAUCAAUAGGUUUAAAAAAGCCUAGUGCGCUUGGACUUCAAUUUGUGGCCGAGGGUUCUUCAUCAUCAUCAUCUUCUGUUAUGGCUUCUGCUCCUGUUGGUUUUAGUUUCAAAGCUUUUGGAUACAGAAUCAUACUUCCUGAGUAUGCACCGGGGUGGAUAUAUUUUUGGUUGCUCAUGGCUGCUGGUUGUGGAUUGUUCAUUAGUGAAGAGGCUUUAAACGUUUGGGUUGGCAUAUCUUUAUCACGGAUGCUGACUGUGGAUGGAACAUGGCAAAGUUUUGUUGAAUCUUUCUAUAGAAGUGCUCCAUACAUUAUGUCCACAGUUCUGUGGGUAUACUGGGGAGUCUGUAUUAGUGAUAUGAUACCAUUCUACCUGGGGAAGCUUUUCAGAGAAAGUGGGGCAACUGAUGACAUUCGUUCAAAGUUAGGCAUUGGUGAAGAGAAGGUGUUGAGCAUUACACGCGUAGUGCAAAAAUAUGGCAAUCUUGCUGGCCUUGUGGAGCGGUUUUCGCUUGGAGUAAGAAAUCCUACUGGUUUCCUAGCUGGAACACUGGGUGUAUCUCCAGAGUUUUUCUUUGCUGGAGUUUGCUGUGGUGGCUUGAUCACCCUUCCACUACAGCUGGGAAUUGGAUUUCUGUUGAGGGAACGCCCCAUGGUUGCCCUUGCCACCGUCGCCACAGUAGUGGGCAUUUGGACUGUAUUUCCAUAUGCUGUGGCUGCUUUGACAGCAUUAUUCCUUUAUCUGCAAGGCCGCUACUCUACUUAGUACUCAAUUUUGUUGGUCGAUUAAAUCGUCCCAAAUUCAUUGAGCAGCAAUAUUAGAGCUUCAUGAAUUCCUGAAGGGUUUUGCUAUGCCUGUUGAAAACCAUCUCAGGAUUUCUCUUUUUUACACUUCUGCUCUGUAUAUUAGAUACAGUCAUAUUUUGUAUUUUCCUUUGUAAAGGAUGGUCUAGAUUUAUUAUUUUAUUUGAUGCGUGUCUUCUAGAAAGAGGAAAGUGUCAGUAUCUGUUAAUCAAUGCAAGCAGAUACUUCAUAUUGAAGAAUGACGAUAAUAAUAAUGGCUUAAGUUGGAUUGCAUGUGAUAAAGGUGCAUUUGAACAUAUGGGUGUGGGGUCAUCAAAUUGAUGUCAGAAGCAUCAGUAUUAUGCGUUUGUGUGACAGAUUAUGAACUAGCUUGGUUUACCUGCGUGGUGUGAAGUUGCAUUCAGUCAGAUGACUGUAUAGACGUUCCUCCUGUUACCCAUAAGUACCUUUCCACCAAGGUACUAGCAGCAAAUUCUGCUGCCAACAACCCGUUUAGCAUCAUCCACUGGAUUAAUUACACAUCACCAAUUAUCUGGCUCUUUCUGUUCCUCAAGUAAUAAAGCUAGAAAUCUUCAUAUUGAGAACUUGAAGAAGCAAAGAAGACGAGAAUCAAAAUUGGAAUGGUGCAACCCACCACAAUGUUUGUUGCUUGUGAGUUGGGAGGUCGACGUAGAUGGUUUCUGAACAGAACUCCACUUUGUGCUUUCUUCAAUUUACUAUGUGAUACACCAAACUAUCUGAGAAGAACUCUUUCGGCACGAAUGUUAACAAGGAGUAGAAGUAUUUUGGAUUGUGUUUACGAGAAAGAGAUUUACAUAUCACAAGCUGCGAGAUACGAGAGCUGAAUAUUGUAGGCUUCUUUCAGCUCUGCCAACACCUCUGCAAUUUUAGGCCUCUGUGAAGCAUCCCUCUCUACUGACCUAGCAGCAACUGCGGCUGCCUUUCUCAUGCUUUCCACAUCAAAAGUUCCUUUUAUGUUAUCAUCCACUAUCUCAAAUGCACCUGCCUGCAAGUAGGGCUUGGCCUGCAGUUGAUCAUCAUUCAUAGCAGCACAACAAUUUAUACUCUAGUGAAAUAUCAUAGGGAACAAAUAGAUAAAGCCAUAUUAAUGUAGUAGUAAAGGAAAGAGCUUUUUUUACCCAUAACACUAAAUUGAAAGAAUCUGGAGUUCCUGAGUGGCGUAAUGGUUCUCGCCCACAAAUGAGUUCCAGAAGAACUACACCAAAGCUAUAGACAUCACUCUUUUCUGUAAGCUGUUGAGUAGAAUAGUACCUGAAUAUAACAUUACAUCAUAUUAUCUAAAUGGCAAUUUGGCUUUCCCU